GUGUAUAUUUCAGUGUAAAAAACACUUUCACUCUGCCGCGCGACUUCUCCGCCCAUCGCACUCAGCUCGUCUCUCAGGAGCGCGUGCGUUUCAUUCUACCUGAACGCGCUGAACGCACACAGCACAGCAUGGCUAAAUCCCAGUCCAGACGCUGCUGUCUGUGCAUACUCGCUUUUGUGUUUAUUGCUGUUGUUAUAUGCAUCUGCAUCCUUCUGGCCACCAAACAAAGAUGCAACGAGUUUACCCAUGCUGCCGUUUCUGCGGACUCUCAGAUGUGCUCUGAUAUCGGCAGGGAUAUGCUGCUUCAAGGAGGCUCAGCAGUCGAUGCGGCCAUUGCUGCUCUUCUCUGUACUGGAUUGGUUAACCCGCAGAGCAUGGGUUUGGGAGGGGGGGCCAUCUUUACCAUUAUGGACAAAACUGGCAAGGUGAAAGUCAUCAGCUCACGAGAGACGGUCCCAAAACGUUUCAAAGAGGAUUUACUUAAGGACUGUCCGAAGUCUCUGACCUUUAUCACUGGAAGUCAAUGGAUAGGUGUACCAGGAGAACUGCGUGGUUAUGAGCAUGUGCACAAGCUGUAUGGACAGUUGCCCUGGGACAAACUCUUUGAGCCCGCCAUCAAGCUGGCACGAGAGGGCUUUCGUAUGCCAGAAUACCUCGGCAAAUUUCUGCAAAAUAAAAUGGUGAAACCACUGAUUCCAAAAAGUGGACUCUGUGAUUUGUUCUGUCACAAGAACAAGACUGUUUUUGGCCCAGGAGAUGUCUUGAGGUUCCCUAAGCUGGCGGAAAGCAUGGAAAUUAUCGCCAAAGAUGGAGCUGAUGCCUUCUACACGGGACAAAUUGCCAAAGACUUAAUCGACGAUGUAAAAGCUGCAGGCGGAACAUUAUCACUAGAAGAUCUGAAAGCUUUCGAGGUCAGAUUCACCGAUGCGUGGUCUGUCCAGCUGGGGGAAUACAAGAUGCACUUCCCUCCUCCACCAGCAGGAGGAGCAAUACUCAGCUUUAUCCUUCAGCUGAUGAUCGGGUUUGGCCUCUCUCCAGCCUCCAUCGAGGGAGACCAGAAAUUCGUGACUCUUCAUCGCUACCUCGAGGCGACAAAAUUUGCAAACGGACAAAAGCGCAACUUUGGAGACCCAAAAUUCACCUCUAGAGAUAUGACAUACAUAACAAACAAGAGGUUCAUAGACAGUAUCAGGGCAUUGAUCGAUGGCACCACGCACAACGCUUCCUACUACAACAUCACCCCGUCUGUAGCCCGCUUUGGCACGACUCAUGUUUCAGUGAUAGCAGCAGAUGGCACUGCUGUGUCAGUCACCAGCACCAUCAACCACAUGUUUGGAUCAUCUAUUUAUUCCCCUAAAACGGGUAUCAUCCUCAACAAUGAACUAGCUGACUUCUGUGACAAAACUGAUUCUAUCACGCCAGGUGAACAGCCUCCUUCCCAUAUGGCUCCAGCCAUCCUACAGUCUUCAUCUCAACAGAAGACACUUGUUAUUGGUGGAUCUGGAGGAAGUUUGAUCACUACAGCCAUGGCCCUGUCCAUUAUGAACCACCUGUGGUUUGGUAUGAGUCUAAACGAAUCUAUUGCUGCCAAAAUAGUAUCUGUGAAUUCUCUAAACACCAUCAGCUUUGAGCCUGGAUACGACAAGUCCGCUGUAGAUGCAAUGAAGGCUUUAGGACACAAUGUGGAGUUCAGUCCGUAUUUCUUCAAUGUGGUCAACGGCAUCUCGAAAGAUGGACAAUGCAUCAGCGCUGUGUCUGACGCCAGGAAGAACGGCAGGGCAGCGGGAUAUUGACCUGUCAGCUGCUGAUCUGGUGUCAGUUGAGCCUGUGAUCCCUUUAAGUGACACCUGUAGACAAACACAUGAUUGUGAUUGUGCCAGGGUUGUGUGUCCUUUUGAGGAUGUUUUAUAACACUGCAGUAAGAUUUGAGAGUGCGAUGUUUUUUAUAUGUUGGGUCUAGUUGUCAUAUGGGAAAGGCUUAGUAUCUAGCCUAUAAGGUUUAAAAAUCAAAAGUUCAAUUUAUUAUUUGUGUAUUUUUCACUUUUUUUGUGUGUUUUUCUAUGGUUUUGCUGUUUCAACUUGGCUUUAAAGACUGUAAUAGGCUAUUUUUUUGCUCCAGUAGUUUAUAAUUCCAGAUUAAUGCCCUAUGCCAUAUUGGAGCAUGCUAUCAGAAAAUGGCAACAUUUUCAAUAUGAACUACAUCUUUUCUGUGCAAUAACAAUAGAAAUGGUCAGUAGGUGCCUAUUGAUAUAUAUGUCCUCCUACUUUAGUGGUGGAGCAUUGCGUAAGCGAUGCAAAGGUCAUUAAGCAGCGCAAAAGGUCAUGGUUCGAGUCCAGGGAACACGCAUACUGAUAAAAAUGUAUACUUUGUAAUGUACUGUAAGUCUCUUUGGAUAAAAGCCUAAUGCGUAAAUGCCAAAUGCAUAAAUAUAUAAAAAAGUCGACUUGAGAAAAUAUGUUCUGGAGUAAAUGUGACAACUAGCCCCGGUCCAUAUACUUUGUUUUUAAUCUUUUUUCAAAGAAUUAUGCAACACUGUAUAUCCUUUGACAGCUAAUUUCAUUGAAUUAACGCUAAAUCUCCCUACAAAAUCGUUACUUUAUACCUCUUGUUACUGUACAUGUAGGGAGAUACUGUUUUAUUCAUGUCACAAUGUGAAUGUUACAAAGUGAAUGUAACAGUACAAAUACUAAAUCAUUGUAGCAUUUAUUUUUUUACUUCUUGUGUUCAUAUGCAUUUUUGUAUUUUCAUACCGAUGUGUUUUAUUUUUAUAAAUACAAUUGAAUCUUUUUUAUAGGCUGUGUGAAUCUUUGAUGAUAUUUUCUACUGUAAUUAAAUACAUACAUGUAGAUAUCUGUCACUAUAUGUUUAUAGCACAUUACACUAUCUCCAUUAAAUCGCACUUAUAAGUGUAUUUUCUUUUCUUAUAUCACAUUUUAAUAAAACAUUUUUAAUGUCUUGGAAACAUC